AUGGCAAAACAUAUUUCCAAGAAAAUUAAAAAGAGAAAGUUGGUUCUUCAAAAGGUAUCCUCAGAAGAAGAAGAAGUUCCUAAAACUCUAGAAUCUAUUCUUUCUAUGAAAAAAUCGACUCCUAAGCAGACUCCGGUCAUACCACCCGAGGUUUCGUUAACCAAGUCAUCUGAUGAGGAGGUUCGAACCUCAGGCAUUAUUACACACGUAUCUGAUAAGGAUGUAAAUGUCACUAUGGGUGAAGGAGAUCUGAAUAAAGAACCUCCAGUAACAACUCAAGGCAUUAUCGAAACUUCGACCAUCAAUACUCUUGUUUCGUUACCACCAUUUAUAAUUUAUAUAAUUUCAAUCUCAUCUUCACUAACUUUUGGCCAUAUCAUUAUUCAACCCAUCACUUCUUUAUUUUCUUCGCAAUCCACUGUUCCACCCAAAUCUAUCAAUGAUACUGACACUGAUGAUGGAGAGUUUGGAGGUACUUUUGCUAGUAUUGAAUUCGAUCCAGAAGAAGAAGACAUUCCCAGAUCAUAUGUUAAUGUCAGGGAAGCAAUUCAUGAUUCUAAACAAAAAGCUUAA